AUGGCUCCCUUUAAACCUUACAAGUUCAUAAUUUUUGAUAAUAAUUUGAAAAACAGCCAUUUUUACACCAAGAUAAUUUCAUAUUUGAAUUUAUCACUUCUUUGCAAAGAAAUUUAUAUAAAUGAAAAAUAUAACAAAAUAAAUUAUGAAAAUGUGUGCAAUAAUAAGCUUGUAUUUUUUUCAGAAAAUAAUUUACUAGAAAAAUUAAAAAAAAAUGUAUCAAUCAAUGGGGAAAGUAUGCAUAGUAAGUCAAAUUUGCUGACCAUAAAUGAAAAUAUAAUAGACAUACAAAAGGCAAUUAAAAAGGAUUUAAGUUCUAAAUCUUGCAAAGUUCAAAAAAGUGAAAAUAUACCUCAAAAAAAUGAAAAUAGCCAAGCUAUUGACGAUACCAAUAAGCUAGUAAGCUUUCUUACUUAUGAUAACCGAGGAAAAGACGAAUUUUUAAAAGCACUAGAUCUAAAUAAAUUAUAUAAUGUAGAUCAUAUAAAUAUUUUAUGCUUAAAUAAUUAUAACUCAAUAAUAGAUUUAUUAAAAAAUAACCCUUUUGAAAAUAAAAGAAUUUCAAUUUUUUGCCCUUUUCAUAUAAUAAAUAAUGAUGAUAAUAUAUAUCAAAAAGAAAUUAUAAAAAAAAUUAUAGAUUUUAUAUAUCCUAUAAUUAGUGAUUUUCUUCCACUAAAUUACAAACAUGUUUAUAUAUCCGAUUUGAUUAGAGCUAUAAUUAUAAAUUCAGAACUUUGCCAAACAAGCUCAAACAAAAAUCUCGAAAUAUUCAAAUUUAUAGACAUGAUGGAAAUUAUUGGAAAAUCUUGA